AUGCCAGUUGGAGGUACACGAAUUGUUCGUAUCAUUUAUCAAGAUCAAGCACAAAUGGAAAAUGAUCACUUUCUAUUUCAUAUACCUAUAUAUUUUAAUACUACACUUGAAAAUUUGGAUAUUUCAUUGAUUUGUACACAUGCAUCAAAUGAUUGUCAACUACAAUUUCUUUCCAAAGUAAAAUUUCAACAAAAUUUUGUGAAUUCAAAUGGAAGAUAUUGUUUCGAAUCUCACCAAGUCAAUGUUAAAUCAUCACAAGAUGAACAACAACCUACUCAUAGUGUAGAAAUCGAUCCUGAUGAUCAUAGUCAAGCUUAUUUUGCUUUAUACUAUGUGCCACUAUUAUCGCAAACAAAUAAUAUUGUACCUAAUAGUCGAAAUUCAAUGUCGAUUUGUAUACUUUGGGAUACAAGUUUAAGUCGAGCUAAUCUUGAAAAUCGUAAUCAUGAAAUUACUACACUUUCAACUACCAUUCCAAAUACAACAUAUUAUUUUUUAUUUAGUGAUUGUCUUUCGACUAUUGGCAAUGAUGAACCAACCCUAUUGAAUAGUUUGACAACAAAGCCAAUAUGGAUAUUUAAUGCUAAUUCUGUAUAUGAACCAAGUAAUUUUCCAUUGAUUAAUUAUCUAACUAAUCUUAGUGGUGGUGGCUAUAUUUCACGUGAGAAAAUCAUGACUCUAGAUGAUGCUAAUGAUAUUGUUCAAUGGAUUGAUAGACCACAAACAAGAUAUUUGAAUAUGAAUAUUAUCAAUGAUGCUAAUGUUUAUGAUAUUUAUCCUAGUCAUUCAAUUACAUUAACACUAAAUACAGAACGAUUUAUACUUGUUGCCAAAAAGUCAUCAUCGACCUCAGCUAAUAUUGCUGUUAAUUUUAUUA